UAACUUACUCCGAUGGACUCUUGAUAAAUGACUUUAAAUUAUCGAUAAAAAGUAAACAUUGGACUACCGACAGGAUUUAAACCGAACCCAGUUAUACUGCAUGAUAUUACAGUAGUUAGUUAGCAUCUCUAGCUACAGGUCCACAGUCAUGACGCUACAUUGCUAACUGACCUAAGAGGAAUAAUUCUUAACCAAGAUGCCGUUUUACUUUCUUUAAGCGAUAAACUGGAUUCACCUGUUGAACAUAAACGCGCUGGAGUAACUUACUUGCAUAUUUUGUUUUGAUGCGGACAUUGUUUUGAGAUUAACUUAGCCUAUUUAGCUUUGUGCAGCUGCUGUUUAUAUAAAAAACUUUAACACCACAUAAGUAGGUUAUAACUCAGUUAUCGUUUGUAUUUGGGAACUAAAUACUGAAGCGCGUCCCCAGUGUUUAUUUGAAAGCACCAGGCUUGAAUCUCAUAAGUAUAUGAGUAUGUGAUAGAUGUGAGGAAGAGCUCAAUGCCGUGUGUGCUGGAGGAUGAUGCGGAUGAGCUGGAUGAUCACAGUCAUUAACAGAAGAAUGAUGAAGAUCCUGAUCGCCCUCGCUCUCAUUGCUUACAUCGCCUCUGUCUGGGGAACCUACACAAAUAUGAGGUCUAUACAGGAACACGGAGAAAUGAAGAUUGAACAGAGGAUAGAUGAGGCAGUGGCACCUCUCAGGGAGAAGAUACGGGAACUUGAGCUUAGCUUUACCCAGAAGUACCCACCUGUAAAAUUCUUAUCCGAGAAGGACCGAAAGAGGAUUUUGAUCACCGGUGGGGCAGGAUUUGUGGGCUCCCACUUAACUGAUAAGCUGAUGAUGGAUGGUCAUGAGGUCACUGUUGUGGAUAAUUUCUUCACUGGCCGCAAGCGCAAUGUAGAGCACUGGAUCGGCCAUGAGAACUUUGAGCUGAUCAACCAUGAUGUGGUGGAGCCUCUCUAUAUUGAAGUUGACCAGAUAUAUCAUUUGGCCUCGCCUGCAUCGCCACCCAACUACAUGUACAACCCUAUCAAGACACUGAAAACGAAUACUAUUGGUACUCUCAACAUGCUUGGAUUGGCCAAGCGAGUCGGAGCUCGCCUGCUCCUUGCCUCCACUUCAGAAGUGUAUGGAGACCCAGAGGUGCACCCCCAGAAUGAGGAGUACUGGGGUCAUGUGAACCCUAUUGGUCCCCGGGCCUGUUAUGAUGAGGGAAAGCGUGUUGCUGAGACGAUGUGCUAUGCCUACAUGAAACAGGAAGGAGUGGAGGUGAGGGUGGCUCGGAUAUUCAAUACCUUUGGAUCUCGCAUGCACAUGAAUGAUGGGCGAGUGGUCAGUAAUUUCAUUCUGCAGGCUUUACAGGGAGAGCCACUGACGGUUUACGGUUCAGGCUCUCAGACAAGAGCUUUCCAAUAUGUGAGUGAUCUGGUGAACGGUCUGGUGUCCCUGAUGAACAGUAACAUCAGUAGUCCAGUUAACCUGGGCAAUCCAGAGGAACACACCAUUUUGGAGUUUGCACAACUUAUUAAGAGUUUAGUUGUGAGCCGCAGUCAUAUUCAGUUCCUUCCAGAAGCACAGGAUGAUCCACAGAGGAGACGGCCAGACAUCCGCAAGGCCAAAAUGCUUCUGGGCUGGGAACCUGUGGUGCCACUGGAGGAAGGCUUGAACAAAACCAUCCAGUACUUCAGCAGAGAGCUGGAGCAUCAAGCCAAUAAUCAGUAUAUACCCAAACCCAAAGCUGCACGGAUGAAAAAAGGAAGACCCAGACACAACUGAUCAGUUGUGUUCAUCUCAGGAAUGCUGGGAUACUGGAGGACCUUAGACAUCCAGCAGCCAUUUUACAGUGUGGGUUUCCCACCUCCCACUUACUGAUACAUCUUUUUGAAGAUAAAAAAGGAAUUUUUCUCAUGAUUUUUGCGCAAAUGUUUUGAAAAGCGGCUCAGGCAAAAAGCUGUCUCUAAAGAGUUUGUUUUUCAGUCAAAUGUGCCUCAAAGAUAUCCAAUUUACAAACUUUGCCUUGCACUUUGGUUUGUCAGUCAUCUGUCUGUUAUUUAAAGCAAGCUUAGAUCA